AUGGAGGCUUCGCAGAGAAGGGGAGGAGGAGGAAUGGUACCUAUAUCUCCAUCACAUACGCCACGUUCGAGCGAUAAGGCGGUGAGAGAUCCGCGAUCUGUUGAGGGCAAUGUGAGUGGGAAGCAUGAUAAGGAUAAAGGCGUCAAUGUACAAGUCGUACUGCGCUGCAGGCCAUUGAGUGAGGAUGAGAUGAGAUUGCACACACCGGUGGUUAUUUCUUGCAAUGAGAACAGAAGAGAAGUUUGUGCAGUUCAGAAUAUUGCUAAUAAGCAGAUUGAUAGAACUUUUCAGUUUGAUAAGGUCUUUGGUCCGUUAUCCCAGCAAAAAGAUUUAUAUGACCAAGCGGUGUGCCCCAUGGUAUGCGAAGUUCUAACAGGCUAUAAUUGCACCAUAUUUGCCUAUGGGCAGACAGGAACUGGAAAGACUUACACAAUGGAGGGUGGAGCAAGGAAAAAGAUUGGGGAAUUUCCAAGUGAUGCAGGUGUUAUUCCAAGAGCUGUUCGACAAAUUUUUGAUAUAUUAGAAGCUCAAAAUGCUGAGUAUAAUAUGAAAGUAACUUUUUUGGAGUUGUACAACGAGGAGAUAACGGAUCUUUUGGCACCAGAGGAAUGUUCAAAAUUCACGGAAGAAAAAUCCAAGAAACCAAUAGCACUCAUGGAGGAUGGUAAAGGUGGAGUUUUUGUUAGAGGAUUGGAAGAGGAGAUUGUGACCACUGCAAACGAAAUAUAUAGAAUCCUGGAGAAAGGUUCUGCUAAAAGGAGAACUGCAGAGACCCUUCUAAACAAACAGAGCAGCCGUUCUCACUCUAUAUUUUCCAUCACAAUUCAUAUCAAGGAGUGCACCCCGGAAGGAGAGGAGAUGAUAAAAUGUGGGAAGCUCAAUCUUGUUGACCUUGCUGGCUCGGAGAAUAUUUCGCGUUCUGGAGCUAGAGAGGGUAGAGCAAGAGAAGCGGGUGAGAUCAACAAGAGCUUGCUGACACUUGGUCGUGUCAUAAAUGCUUUGGUCGAGCACUCUGGUCAUAUACCAUAUAGGGAUAGCAAAUUAACAAGGUUGCUAAGAGAUUCCUUGGGAGGGAAAACAAAGACAUGUAUAAUUGCCACAAUAUCACCUUCCAUUCAUAGUUUAGAAGAGACACUCAGCACUUUAGAUUAUGCUCACCGUGCCAAGAACAUAAAGAACAAACCGGAGGUUAAUCAGAAGAUGAUGAAAUCUGCAUUAAUCAAAGAUUUGUACUCAGAAAUUGACCGACUGAAGCAAGAGGUAUAUGCAGCAAGAGAAAGGAACGGAAUCUAUAUACCUAGAGAUCGCUAUCUUCAGGAUGAGGCAGAAAAGAAGACAAUGUCUGAAAAGAUAGAGCGAAUGGAACUUGAUUUAGAAUCUAAGGACAAGCAAUUAGUGGAGCUCCAAGAACUGUACAAUUCUCAGCAACAGUUGACUGUGGAAUUAAGUGAUAAACUUGAAAAAACUGAGAAAAAGCUACAGGAAACUGAGCAUUCAUUGCUUGAUCUUGGAGAGAGACAUAGACAGGCAAACGCCACAAUAAAAGAAAAGGAAUACCUGAUAUCCAAUUUACUUGAGUCUGAGAAAGCUCUGGUCAAGCAGGCACUUGAACUUCGAGCAGAACUAGAAAAUGCUUCAUCAGAUGUGUCUAAUCUGUUCAGUAAAAUAGAGAGGAAGGACAAAAUAGAAGAUGACAACAGAAUACUUAUCCAGAAAUUCCAAUUUGAAUUGACUCAGCAACUUGAAAUCUUGCACGAGACUGUGGCAGCUUCGACCAUGCAAAAAGAACGACAACUAAAGGAAAUGGAGGAAGACAUGCAGUCAUUUGUAUUAACAAAGACUGAGGCUACUGAAGAGCUCCGAAGUCGUCUAGAAAAACUGAAAACAAUGUACGGUUCUGGUAUCAAAGCUUUAGAUGGUUUAGCAGGGGAACUUGAUGGUAACUCGGGGUCGACUUUUGGUCAUCUGAAGUCUGAAGUUUCUAAACAUUCCUCAGCUUUGGAAGAGCUCUUCAAAGGAAUUGGUUCCGAGGCUGAUGUGUUACUUCAUGAUCUUCAAAAUAAUCUAAACAGUCAAAAGACUAAAUUAACUGCAUAUGCUCAACAGCAACGAGAGGCACAUACCAGAGCAAUUGCAACUACGAGAUCAGUUUCCCAAAUUACUAUCAAUUUUUUCAAGACUUUAGAUAUGCAUGCUUCAAAAUUAGGUGAAAUUGUGGAAGAAGCACAGACAAGUAAUGAUCAGAAAAUAUCUGAACUUGAAAAGAAAUUUGAGGAGUGUUCUGCCCGCGAAGAAAGUCAACUCUUACAAAAAGUAGCAGAGCUGCUCGCUGAUUCAAAUUCUAGGAAGAAAAAAUUGGUUCAAAGUGCAAUUGUUGGACUUCGAGAAAAUGCAGCCAGUAGAACUAACAAACUACAACAAGAGGUGUCUAUCAUGCAAGACACCACUUGUUCUAUCAAAGAUGAAUGGACAACAUUCAUGGAGAAGGCUGAAUCCCAUUAUCUCGAGGAUACUGCUUCAUUAGCAAGUGGGAAAGAAGACAUGAAAGGCAUUCUUCAGAAUUGUAUGGAAAAAGCGAACUUGGGUGCACAACAGUGGAUCAAUGCUCAAGAAUCCUUGCUUAGCUUAGAGAAGAGAAAUGUUGCUUCUGUGGAUAAGAUUGUCAGAGGAGGAAUGGACACUAUUCAAGUAUUGCGCAGACGAUUUUCUUCUGCUGUGUCAUCUGCAUUUGAAAAUGCAGACACCGGAAGCAAGAAUCUCCUCUCUUCCAUUGAUCGUUCGCUACAACUUGACCAUGAGGCAUGUAGCAAUCUUGAUUCCAUGAUUGUUCCUUGUUGUGGAGACUUGAGAGAGCUGAAGAGCGGACACUACCACAAAAUUGUGGAAAUCACAGAAAAUGCAGGAAAAUGUCUUCUAGAAGAAUACAUGGUGGAUCAACCGUCAUGCUCAACGCCGAGGAAGAAAUCCUUUAAUCUUCCGAGCACUGCUUCCAUAGAAGAACUCCGAACCCCAUCUUUUGAAGAAUUGCUAAAGACAUUUUGGGAUGCAAAAUCACCGAAACAAGUAGUGAAUGGAGAGGCAAAGAAUAUUUUAGAGGCUGCGAGAGACUCCCGAGUUCCCCUCACUACUAUCAAUUAA